UACAAUGAAAGGGAAUCACAGGAUCUGCGAACGGAAAAGAAAUCAGCACUUGAAUCUACCACUCCAACAUCUUGAUAUCUUUUAUCGCAUUCCAUCAUGGCUUCUUACACGUUUGGUCAACAUUUAAUUAAGUCUUCGGUUGUCUUCUUUCGAUCUCGACUCACAUUUGCCUUUGUCAAUAGAAAGCCUGUGGUUCCAGGGCAUGUUCUUGUGUCACCUCUGCGGCCAGUGGACAGGUUCGUUGACAUGACGGGUGAUGAGGUCGCUGAUCUCUUCCAGACCACUCAGACAUUGUCAAAGGUCAUUCAGGACCAGUAUAAGGCAUCCUCACUCUCAAUAGCAAUGCAGGAUGGGCCUGAUGCUGGACAGUCUGUAUGGCAUGUACAUGUUCACAUCCUUCCAAGAAAAGCGGGAGACUUCCGGAAGAAUGACGACAUUUAUGAUGAGGUAGAGAAUCACGACCAUGUCAACUUUGAUAGCAGUAGUCGGCAGGAAUGGAGAGGAGAGGAGGAGAUGGCACAGGAGGCUAGUAUACUCAGGAAACUUUUUCCAUUACACUUCACCUCUGACAUUGACCUUUGACCUAUGACCUUUGGCCUCCAGUGUUUGUAAUGUUAUCUGAAUCAGGGAGGAGUCAGGGUUACAUAUUUUAUACAGACUUAGAACAAAGCAAGUUUUGUUUUGACUAUUUUUGUUGAUCUACUAAUCCUCAACAUAUAGUGGUUAGAUACAUUUGAGGCAGUGCAUUGUCCAAAUGUCCACAAAUUACUUCUAUGUAGAGACGUACAAUUUCGCUUAUACAUGAAAUGUAAGCCUACAUCUGUAAUUUUGUACGAUUAGAUAUGAGGCUCAAAAUUACUCAUUAAAUAAAAGGUGCAAUAUAUAUGUACAUAUAAAUCUAUCAUAUUUUGAUGAUGAUAAAUAUUGCACAUGUAUAUUUUUGUAAUCAUCAAUUGCAUGUAUUAGAAAUGUAUGAAGAAAUAAAUUUCCCAUGUAAAUAGUAGAAGAAUCAGAAGGGUGUUAUCUUUAAUACAUCAUUUAAUAAAAAUUUAGCAUCCCUCCGACUCUCAAAUGAUGAUGGGUCAUAUACCAACUGCUUCCACUAUUCAUGUGUUCAGUACCUCGUCUUCCUGGUAUAACUACAACAAGCAUACAUUUAUUUUUUUAAACUUUGACGGGGUGGGGGGUAUUUAAUGUACAGUUCUGUCAUUGUAUCAAAAUAAGAAAAA